AUGACUAUUCAUCUAUUGUAUUUUCAUGCAAAUAGGGGGCAAGAAAACUCUAUGGAAAGAUGGUGGUUUAAUUCGAUGUUGUUUAAGAAGGAGUUCGAACGCAGGUGUGGGCUAAAUAAAUCAAUGGGCAGUCUUGGUCCUAUUGAAAAUACCAGUGAAGAUCCAAAUCUAAAAAUGAAAAACAUUCAUAGUUGCAGUAAUGUUGAUUAUUUAUUCGGCGUUAAAGACAUUUGGAAUUUCAUCUCUGAUGACACUUUUUUAGUUAGUGAUAGGAAUGGAGACAGUUAUUCCAUCUAUUUUGAUAUUGAAAAUCAGAUUUUUGAGGUUGACAACGAUCAUUCUUUUCUGAGUGAACUAGAAAGUUCUUUUUCUAGUUAUCGAAACUCGAGUUAUCUGAAUAAUGGAUUUAGGGGCGAAGAUCCCUACUAUAAUUCUUACAUGUCUUACAUGUAUGAUACUCAAUAUAGUUGGAAUAAUCACAUUAAUAGUUGCAUUGAUAAUUAUCUUCAGUCUCAAAUCUGUAUAGAUACUUCCAUUAUAAGUGGUAGUGAGAGUUACGGUGACAGUUACAUUUAUAGGGCCAUUUGUAGUGGUGAAAGUCUAAAUAGUAGUGAAAACGAGGGUUCCAGUAGACGAACUCGCACAAAGGGCAGUGAUUUAACUAUAAGAGAAAGUUCUAAUGAUCUCGAGGUAACUCAAAAAUACAAGCAUUUGUGGGUUCAAUGCGAAAAUUGUUAUGGAUUAAAUUAUAAGAAAUUUUUGAAAUCAAAAAUGAAUAUUUGUGAACAAUGUGGAUAUCAUUUGAAAAUGAGUAGUUCGGAUAGAAUUGAACUUUUGAUCGAUCCGGGUACUUGGGAUCCUAUGGAUGAAGACAUGGUCUCGCUGGAUCCCAUUGAAUUUCAUUCGGAGGAGGAGCCUUAUAAAGAUCGUAUUGAUUCUUAUCAAAGAAAGACAGGAUUAACCGAGGCUGUUCAAACAGGCAUAGGCCAACUAAACGGCAUUCCCGUAGCAAUUGGGGUUAUGGAUUUUCAGUUUAUGGGGGGUAGUAUGGGAUCCGUAGUCGGAGAGAAAAUCACCCGUUUGAUUGAACACGCUGCCAAUCAAAAUUUACCUCUUAUUAUAGUGUGUGCUUCUGGGGGGGCGCGCAUGCAGGAAGGAAGUUUGAGCUUGAUGCAAAUGGCUAAAAUAUCGUCUGCUUUAUAUGAUUAUCAAUUAAAUAAAAAAUUAUUUUAUGUAUCAAUCCUUACAUCUCCGACAACUGGUGGAGUGACAGCUAGUUUUGGUAUGUUGGGGGAUAUCAUUAUUGCCGAACCCAAUGCCUACAUUGCAUUUGCAGGUAAAAGAGUAAUUGAACAAACAUUGAAUAAAACAGUACCCGAAGGUUCACAAGCAGCUGAAUACUUAUUCCAGAAGGGUUUAUUCGACCUAAUUGUACCACGUAAUCUUUUAAAAAGCGUUCUGAGUGAGUUAUUUAAGCUCCACGCCUUUUUUCCUUUGAAUCAAAAGUCAAGCAAAAUCAAGUAG